AUGGUUACUGUACCCGGCGUUCUGCGGCGCUCUAGCACCGUCAACUUUGUCGAGAAUGGAGGCUCCAGCGGAGAGUCCUCCAGACGUCCUUCUCUUGCAGACAGCCCUCCUUCUCGGCGGACGAGCUUAGCAGGUCUGAGUUUACGUCUCUCCUCACGGUCGAAGCGGACAGGGUCAGGAUCCGUCAAGGAGAUGCAAGCGAUGGCUGAAAAGGCUGCUCAAAAGCUGGGACAGGCCUUCUUCUCUCUGCCGGACGAGAUCAUUAUACAGAUCUUGUGCUACCUUGGCCAGAGUGAUGUAUUCGCACUCAGACUCACGUCUCACUCCAUGAACACCUUCCUGAACGUUCAUGCAUGCCCAAUCACACGCUCUGUCCUUACUCAGUGUGCCCGGGACAGGGCCGCAGACGACACCGCGGAAGAUGAGGUGGUUGAGCGGAAAGCAGAAUAUGCUUACAACUAUAUACAAACACUGUAUCCUCAGCCCACGCCGUGUCCGUCGACGGACUAUAUGCUGCAGAUGCUGAGGCGGCAGGCUCAGAUUGACAAGAUGCUAUCCGUCACAAUGAGCUUCGUGCAGAUGAGAGUCUACAUGAUGCCGAGUUCUCCACGUUUCUCGGACUUUCGUCCCUAUAAGAACAAGCUCACCCGGCGAAUGCAUCUGGCCGCGUGGACGAUAUACCACUUUCUCGAAAGAUACAGGGAUCUCCUGAUUCACGCUCAUCCUCGGCAUGAGAAGCUUGAGGAGCACAAUCAUCCAUCCAUGUCUCCGGCCGAGGAACCAGCCCUGCCGAGCUUAUCGUCUUGUCCACAGUGCAAUGAGAGUCUCAAGGCAUUGCUACGUUCUUACCCUGGCACCGAGGUAAUCCCGGCGUACCACUUUUACGAUCUCUGCCGACAACAUCUGCGAGCCUUGAGUCGAGCACCGACGUACGCGGGGACUAUUGAGCGUCGACUGCGAGGAUGGAGCCGCAAGUCUCCCACGGAAGCGGAUCUGGCCACAUUUGUGAUAUUCGGUGGCAUUGCGGAGUUGUCCAAGUUAAGUAUGCUCAAGGGCAGCUAUACGCAGCGCAUCGAUGUGAUUGGCUCCUUCACGGACAAAAUUACGCUUGCUGUAAGCUCCAGUGGCAGUCUUGACUUCAAGCCUUCAUCUCCCUCGGCAUAUGCGCAAUCGGCAAGUACAUCCAGUGACAUGCUACCUGGGGCUCCGAAUUCAGCAUUCAAGAGCAUAUCACAAGACAGUCUGUCGGCAGUACCGGUGUUCGAACGCUUCAUCAGUGCAUCCGACGAGUGGAUCACCCGGAUGUUUGAAGUGGUGAGACCUGGCGACCAGCUGGUGACGGCCUUCGGGUUCGUGCAGAAUGUUCUCGCAGGGAAGCAAGAGCCGCCUCCGGGUCUCGGAAGGAUCAGUGGUUCUGAGGCUGAUUCCCAGUUUGAGUCACCCUCUGAGUCUGGUUCUCAUGGCGGAGUGAAUGAGGAUCGAAGCAGCGACCUUGACUUUCUAGCUCCAGUCAAGGCAUUUGAUUGA